AUGGCGUCGACGGUGUGUGUUUCUAGGUGCCGACUCUUGGCGAAAUUAGAAAUAAAUCGCGGUUUGUGUUUAGCAUCGAUAUUUAGGGAUUUGACAAAUAACAGGGAGUCAUGGUGUCGACGGUGGCGACCUUCAAGACGGUCUAUCUUUACAAGUGUGUGUGCUCAUGGAUCGAAAAAUCCACCCACGAAAUUGGAUCCUGAAUUGAAAUCUGACGAUCACAACAAUUACUAA